AUAAGGGUCAUCGUGGUGCGAUAUGAUAUGAGCGCAAGCUUGAGCCUCUCGUCACUCGCACUCCUAAGGAAAACUGGAAGAUACACUCAGGAUGGCUUCAGCGGUACGUGCUUUAUUAAUUUGCACACUGACAUGCAUAUUAAUGGUUGAAAUGGGAGACAGUAACUGAAAAGUUCUCUGAUGAAGGUUGAAAUGGGCCGGCCUUUUACCUUUCGCGCGUCUGGUUGAGUCUAUCCCGGGUGAGAAACGCGUCGCCAUCGAUGGGUCUUUGCUAAGCUGCUUAGUGGACCGUUGGAGGCCAGAGACCCACACGUUUCACUUCAGAUGGGGAGAGAUGGCUCCUACUCUGGAGGAUGUGUCACUUUUGCUGGGACUACCGUUGGCAGGUCAUGCCGUAGGACCGUUGGACGCACCGGCUGGUUGGGAGCGAGCUCUCACAGAACGUUUUCACGGUGUUUUUCCGGAUGCUCCCGAUCCGGUAUGGGAGCAUCACGGACCUAAGUAUGAGUGGUUGCUAAAUUUCCGGAUCCAGAACUUCCGGGCGCCCUUGACUGCGGAACAGAUCACUCGGAGCCUCGAGGCCUACUUACUGUGGCUUUUCGGCAAGGUGAUGUUCACGGAGAACCAUGUCACCACUAUCAGCGCCCUCUAUAUCCCUAUGGCACUCGAGAUAGCGAGCGCUCAGACGGCGGAUCAGAUCAGACAGAGGAGUUGGGGUUCGGCGGUGUUAGCGGCUACAUACCGAGGUAUGUGCAACGGUUGCCAGCUUACAUCGAGAAAGCCAGCCCUUCUUGGAUGCCCUCUAUUCCUACAGCUGUGGUCGUGGGAGAGGUUCUCUAUAUGGCGACCAGAUGUACGGGUUCAUGAGCCUAUAGACGCCAUGUUUGAUGUUGAGGGCAUCGACAUGCCUACUUUCGGUCUGUGUUGGACUCGUCGCAAGAGACGCUUUGCUAGUGAUCAGACCAGGAAGGCGUACACAGCAUUGAACGAGCAGUUCGAUGCGUACACCGGGGUAAUCUGGCAGCCCUACACGGAAGCAGCCAUACAAGCGAGAUACCCUGCUGGUAUGUCUGUGCUAUGCACAAGGGACCGAGAUUACUGGAUGACAAAAUCGAAGAUCAUCUUCGAUGUCUUCGUCGAGGAGAUGGCACAACAGAGGGUUAUGAGGCAAUUUGGUCUUCUGCAGUUGGAGCUACCUCCCCCUAUAGAGAACCCGGUGCCAGCACACAUCCACAGGACGACAAGGAAGGGCAUGAACAGGACAACUGCUGAAUGGCUAGUUAGACUAGAGCCGUAUGUUAUAGAAUGGGAGACAGCAAACACAAAUCUAUGGCACGAGAAUCACAAUUUCGAUCUCGAUGAAUUCAAUCUCUAUUUGCGGCGCUACAUGACCGGAACACGGUUACGCAUUGUUGAGUACUCCCACCCAGAGGAGUUACCGGAUCCUACUCCGUCGGAUAUGUACCCGAGCUAUGAUACUUCGGGCUCUAGGCAGUACGCGGCUACCUUGACACGCGAACUGUACGACGACGUGACCACCUUUGGACGAUCACUAUCGUCUGGACCUCUUCUUCAACAUCGUCCAGUGGUACAGCCCUUGAUAUGUUCGCGCCAACUUUUUCCCGCCACCCGUUUCCCGCCACCCGUUUCCCGCCAACCCUUUCCCGCCAUAUCGCAGCCGUUCUUUCCCGCCAUUUUCUCCUCUCUACCUAUAAAACCCCCUUCAGACGGAGCUGCAUAAGCAUUGCAGUGUGCUGGUGGUAAAUUGGAGCACUGUGGUGGAGGUGAAGCUGUUGUUCGUCGUUCUUCGUUCGAGCCGGAGCACCGGCAGUUUGGUGGCCGCCGUUCGUCCUUCAUCCUUCGCACGCACGCUUCAAGGGUAUAUUUAAGCCCACAUUUUAUUUUUCGUACGUGCUCCGGUAGUUUUUGUUAAUAUUUUUAGAUGUCAACUAAUUAAUCUGUCAAUAUUUGUAGUUGCUACGGCAAAUAUUCGUAAUAUAAUUGUAGGAGGGUGAAUUGUAUUAGUUGCUCCGUUAAUA